AUGGGUAAAGCGGAAUUUGGUACUCCAAAGUACUUUUCAAAUCAAAUGAAGGCCAAAGGGCUACAAAAACUAAAGUUUUAUUGCCAAAUAUGUGAAAAACAGUGCAGAGAUGAUAAUGGGUUCAAAUGUCACAUACGAAGUGAAAGUCACUUGAAAAGGAUAAAGCAGGUUGAUUCACAUGUUAUUAAUGACUUCUCAAAGCAGUUUCAAGACUACUUUAUUUCAAGUCUCAGAACAUAUCAUGGUGAAAAAAAAAUUAAUGCCAAUAGGUUUUAUAAUCAACUCAUCCAACAGAAGGACCAUAUCCAUUUGAAUUCAACAAGAUGGUCUUCACUUUCGCAGUUCAUACAAGAUAUAGCUAAACAAGGUAUAAUUAAUGUCAAGGUCGAAGAUGAAAGCGAUCAAAGUUUAAACGGUUUGGAUAUAUCGUACAUUAACAACUCAAGUGAAGAAAUAAUGAGAAAGAACAACCUUCAAAAACAUAUUGAUAAUGACAAAUCAGAGGAACAGUUGAAUAUGAAACUUUUAAAGGAUCAGAUCAAAAGAGGGGAACAACUGAAGAAAGAUGAAGAAGAGGAACAAGAAGAGAAUAAGGCUUUAAAUAGACCAGCUGAUGAUAAUCCUAUCAAGAUCAAGUUGGGUGGAUUGAAGAAGCAAGAUAACACAGUGAACCAACCAAAGAAACUGAACGCCUUCAAGGUCAGUAAGCCAUCAAAAGCUAACCCUUUGAAGAAAAACGUAUUGAAGAACUAG